AUGGGAAUUAAAUUUCUUGAAUUUGUUAAACCAUUUUGUCAAUUGAUACCGGAAAUUCAAAAACCUGAACGUAAAAUUCAAUUUCGUGAAAAAGUGUUAUGGACAGCUAUUACAUUAUUCAUAUUUUUGGUUUGUUGUCAAAUUCCCUUAUUUGGUAUUAUGUCAUCAGAUUCAGCUGAUCCAUUCUAUUGGAUUCGAGUUAUUCUUGCAUCAAAUCGUGGUACAUUAAUGGAAUUAGGCAUUUCACCUAUUGUUACGUCAGGACUCAUUAUGCAAUUGUUAGCCGGAGCAAAAAUAAUCGAAGUUGGUGAUACGCCAAAAGAUCGUGCAUUAUUUAAUGGUGCACAAAAAUUAUUCGGUAUGGUAAUUACAAUUGGACAAGCUAUAGUCUAUGUUAUGACAGGAAUGUAUGGUGCCCCGUCAGAUAUUGGAGCCGGUGUAUGUCUAUUGAUUAUUGUUCAACUAUUUGUUGCUGGUUUGAUUGUUUUAUUACUCGAUGAAUUAUUACAAAAAGGCUAUGGACUUGGCAGUGGAAUAUCGUUGUUUAUUGCGACAAAUAUUUGUGAAACAAUUGUAUGGAAAGCAUUUUCACCAGCAACAAUAAAUACUGGAAGAGGAACAGAAUUUGAAGGAGGAAUUAUAGCAUUAUUUCAUCUGUUGGCUACAAGAGCUGAUAAAGGUAAGUUUUUGAAGACUUAAUGUCUCUAAAGUUGCUAAAAUUAUUAACGGGUGGUUUAGAAUAAAUCAGUCACUUAGUAUUUUGCUCAUAUCUCAGUUGGAUUUUAUCUUCAUAAUCUUUAUUGUUUUCUUAAAAGAUGCGCCGUGAAAUUCUCUACAAAAAAUAUGCUAAACAUUUUGUUAUAUACUGUAAUGAUAAAAGAAUAUAGAAGAAAUACUGUG